AUGCAAGAAGAAGAUUCCAGGAGAAGCAGGCCCACUUGAAACGGAGAGAUGAAGUGGAAAGCUUUCCAUCUCAUUUUUCAUCUCUCCGUCUUUACUGGGGUAUCACCCGUAGCGUCACCGUGAACUCCUCCCCCCAACUUGCUAAACGGUAUCUCUCUCUCUCUCUCUCUCUCUCUCUCUCUCUCUCUCUCUCUCUCUCUCUCUCUCUCUCUCUCUCUCUCUCUCUCUCUCUCUCCCUCUCUCUCCCCCCUCUCUCUCUCCCCCCUCUCUCCCUCUCUCUCCCUCUCUCUCUCUCUCUCUCCUCUCUCUCUUCUCCCUCUCUCUCUCUCUCUCUCUCUCUUUCUCCCUCUCUUUCUCCCUCUCUCUCCUCCUCUCUCCCUCUCUCUCUCUCUCCCUCAUUCUCUCUCCCCACUCUCUCUCUCCUUUCUCACUCUCUCUCUCCUCUCUCUCUCCCCCCUCUCUCUCUCUCUUUCUCCUCUCUCUUUCUCUCUCUCUCUCUCUCUCUCUCUCUCUCUCUCUCUCUCUCUCUCUCUCUCUCUCUCUCUCUCUCUCUCUCUCUCUCUCUCUCCCUCUCCCUCUCCCUCUCCCUCUCUCUCUCCUCCCCUCUCUCUCUCUCUCUCUCUCUCCCUCUCUCUCUCUCGCUUUCUCCCACUCUCUCUCUCUCCUCUCUCCCCUCUCUCUCUCUCUUUCUCCCUCUCUCUCUCUCUCUUUCUCUCUCUUUCUCUCUCUUUCUCUCUCUCUCUCUCUCUCUCUCUCUCUCUCUCUCUCUUUCCCUCUCCCUCUCCCUCUCCCUCUCUCUCUCCCCCUCUCUCUCUCUCUCUCUCUCCUCUCUCUCUCCUUUCCUCAUCUCUCCCUCCUCUCUCUCCCUCUCUCGUCUCCUCAUCUCUCUCUCUCUCUCUCUCUCUCUCUCUCUCUCUCUCUCUCUCUCUCUCUCUCUCUCUCUCUCUCUCUUCCUCUCCCUCUCCCCUCUCCCUCUCCCUCUCCCUCUCCCUCUCUCUCUCCCCCUCUCUCUCUCUCUCUCUCCCCCUCUCUCUCUCGCUUUUUUCUCCCCCCCUCUCUCUCCCUCUCUCUCUCUCCCUCUGUCUCUCUCCCUCUCCCUCUCUCUCCCUCUCGCUCUCUCCCUCCCUCUCUCUCCCUCUCGCUCUCUCCCUCCCUCUCUCUCCCUCUCGCUCUCUCCCUCCCUCUCUCUCUCCCUCUCUCUCUCUCUCUUUCUCUCUCUCUCUCUCUCUCUCCCCCCUCUCUCUCUAUUUCUCUCUCUCUCCCUCUAUCUCUCUCUCUCUCUCUCUCUCUCUCCUCCCCCUCUCUCUCUAUCUCUCUCUCUCCCCUCUCUGGUCUCUUCUUUCCAACCUAUUUAUAAGCUGACAUCCUCAAGCGCUCUGUUUUUCUUCUCUCCAUAGGGAAAAAUUAUACCCCUCCCUCUUCGCAUUUUUCUCUCUAACCCGCAUGCUUGGGUGUCGAAUUCUCCGCCGCUAGCGCGGCGACUGACUCAGCGCCUCCCCUCCCGGCUCAAUCAUGCCGUUUAGCUCGUUCUCGACGAAGCAACGCGGCCCUCCUCCACCGGAGACGAGUGCGAGCCAGCCGAUCCCGCCGGAGAGCCUCCGGAAGGUCCACCGCGAAUACAAGUGAGAGCGAAGCCUGAAACAUGUCCGAAGAGUCCCUCUCCUUUCCUCGCUUCUCUCUCUUAAUCUGUGUUUUUCUUCCAUGAAAGGGUCUUCGUGAGCACCUGGAACGUCGGCGGCGUCCUCCCUGACGGCGAUCUCCGGCUCGACGACUGGUUGGACGCCGGAAACACCUACGACGUCUACGUUCUCGGGUACUUCUCCGGCCCCUUUACGACCGCCCUGUUCGCUCCCAAAUUCCAGGAGGUUUCUCCGUUAACAGUUUCUUCCCUGCAGAUUCCAGGAGGCGGUGCCGUUGACUCCUAAGAACGUGAUCUCCCCAGAGAGGAGGCCGUUGUCUAGGUGGAACUCCCUGAUCAAGGCGGCAUUGAACCGAUCAUCAUCAUCUUCUUCUUAUUUUUCGUCGUCAUCGUCUUCCUUACCUCCAACGGGGGAGAGGCAGAAGAUCCACCCCGUGAAGGAUGGCCCCACCCCAUCGAGGAGCUCCUCCCAUGCCUCGCCGGAGUUCCUCUGCGUGGCCAGCAAGCAGAUGGUAGGGAUCCUGGUCUCCGUGUGGGUGAGAUCAACCCUCCGGCGGCGCCUCCACCACCUCAGCGUCUCCUCCGUCGGCUGCGGCGUCAUGGGUUUCAUGGGCAACAAGGUCAGCGCCGCCCCCCGGCCAUAGAUUCCCUAGCCAUCUGAAAUGAGGUUGACGUCUGAGCUCCAUCGCAGGGCUCGGUCUCCGUGAGCUUCCUCCUCCACAACACGAGCUUCUGCUUCGUCUGCUGCCACCUGGCCUCCGGGGGAAAGGAAGGCGACGAGCGCCGUCGCAACUGCGACGCCGGAAAGAUCCUCUCCUGGACCACCUUCCGCCGCCGCUGCCGCCCGCGGAGAAUCCUAGACCACGAGUGAGUACCCAAAGAUCAAUGCCCCGUCCAUUGUAUCAAGACCAAUUCCGAUCGAACAGUAUAUUAUUCGGAUGAUCUACUAGAGUUAUUUUCCAACGUGGGAUUAUUCUGACAGCCAGAUUAUACUCCUGGGAGACCUGAACUAUAGAGUCUCCCUCCCGGAAGCCGCCGCAAGGAACCUGGCGAGGAAGAAGGAAUGGGGAGAGUUGCUGCAGAGGGACCAGGUGAGCCCUCGAAAGAGGUUCUGAGAGGCCGGUCCUCGUCAUGGCCUUCCGAGUUCUGAGUUCAUUGGACUUGCAGCUGGCGGCGGAGGUCUCCGACGGCGGCGUCUUCGAAGGCUGGAGCGAAGGAGACGUCAGCUUCCUGCCCACGUACAAGUACUAUCGUAACUCCGACGAUUACUACGGCUGCGUCCAAGGAAGGAAGGGCGAGAACAAGCGAGCUCCCGCAUGGUGAACUCUCUCUCUCUCUCUCUCUCUCUCUCUCUCUCUCUCUCUCUCUCUCUCUCUCUCUCUCUCUUCUCUCUCUCUCUCUCUCUCUCUCUCUCUCUCUCUCUCUCUCUCCCUCUCUCUCUCUCUCUCUCUCUCUCUCUCCCUCUCUCUCUCUCUCCAUAUAUAUAUGUGCAUAGAGUAGAGAACAGGAGAGGAGAGCAUUGUCGGGUUUGACUCGUGGAUAUUUCAAAUUAGCCCCUUUAGAUUAAGGUAUAUAGACAGUUAUUACUUAUAUUUGGGUAGAGUAAAAUUUUUUGACUCAACGGUGUGGAUCGUCGGCGCAGGUGCGAUCGGAUCCUUUGGCGGGGGAUGGGCCUGAGGCAGAUCCGAUAUGAUCGAUUCGAGUCCAGAUUAUCGGAUCACAGACCCGUUAGGGCGGUGUUCGUCGCCGAGGUGAGAGAAGACCCGAUAAGGGAAUUACCGGGUCGGAUCCCUAAAGCGCGAGGGCAACCCCUCCUUUCCCUGAUCUCCUCUCCGCCGUCCGAUCUACUCGCCCCAUCGAUCCACAAGUGCCCUUGA